AUGUCUUGCCACAACUGCUCUGCAAACUACAGCUUGGGAUCCCUCAGAAGUCCCUGCCAUAUUCCUCUCACCUCCUCCAUUGCCCUCUGCUCUACGGGUGUGAGCUGUGCUGAUGUCCUCUGCUUGCCUAGUAACUGUCAAGACCAUCUCCAGUCUCUGGACAACUGCCAAGAGAGCUGCAGUGAACCAACCAGUUGCCUGCCAGCCCACUGUGAUCCCAGCAACUGUGAAAUAUCUUGCUACCCUUCUACUACUUACUACGUGUCCAGACCCUGCCAUGGAACUUCUUUUCUUCCUGCUGCUUCUUAUAGCUCUGGCUCCUGCCUCCCCAUAUCCUAUAGACCUCUGAGCUAUGUGUCCAGCAGCAGCUGACCCCUGAGUCUCCUCACUUACGGAUGCCGCCCUGUGGGUUUUUUGCCCUGUGGUCCUCAACCACUGAGCACUGUGCCCAGCAGCCUCAGACCUCUGCGUCCUGUUUUCGCUGGAUGCCAGCCUCUGAGCCACGUGUUCAGUACUUGCCGUCCAUCUUGCUCUGCGCUGGGAGGCCAGUAG